AUGGCUGGUCAUUCAAUUGCGAUGACGGUAGCGUUGGCCUUCGAGAGCGACGAUGGCUCGCGUGCCAUCGAGAUGCAGGUGCAGGUGCAGGAGAGCGACGGCGUACGCAACGAGGACUGCGAUCUGCGCGUGUACUACGACAUUGCACGUACCGUAGAUCAGAUCCGACGCGGCGGAUACAAGAAAAUCGCGCUGCAGUUCCCGGACUCGUUACUACCAGACGCGUCGCAAGUACAGCAGGAGCUUAAGGACGGGCUAACCGGCCAAUGGGAGCGUGUGUUUAUAUUGGGUGACACAUCGUAUGGCAGCUGCUGUGUGGACGAAGUGGCGGCGCAGCACCUCGUGGCCGACUGCAUCGUGCACUAUGGACGCACGUGUUUGAGUGCGACGACCAAGAUUCCGGUGAUCUACGUGUUCGGCAACGCCCCAAUUGAAGUGAAUGACUGUGUACAGCAGCUGAGCGAGCGUAUUGCCAGUGUGGAUGUGAUGAAGACGCUGGUAUUGUUGUAUGAACCUCGCUUUCAUCACGCUAGCAGCGCGGUGUUUGAGGGUUUGAAGGAGAAAUUUGCUGAACGGAAGCUGGUGUUUGGAACUAUGAAGACGCUCUACGACCCGACGAAAAAGUUGCAAGAGAUUGAAUCGUCCAAGGCUGACGAGGGCUCCUCGGUGCUUACAAUUGGUGGACAAGAGAUUGUGGUGGACACUGAGAAUGUGGAGAUCACCCCGGAAACGUUCACACUACUGUAUAUUGGAGCUGAGUCGGCGCACCUCACUAGCAUUCUGAUGCGCUACAGCAGUGUGGAAUGCUUCUCGUACAAUCCCGACCUGAUGUCUACCCGCAAGGAGGGAGCGACUGUCAACCGUGCACUAAUGAGACGAUUUUUCCUCGUCCAGCAAGCCAAGGAGGCUCAGAUCUACGGUAUUUUGAUGGGCACGCUUGGCGUCAACAAGUAUCUUGACGUGGUGCAUGGACUUCAGAAGCUGAUCAAGAAGAGUGGACGCAAGUCGUAUUUGUUUGUGGUGGGCAAGGUCAAUGUACCUAAACUCGCAAACUACGCCGAAAUCGACGCCUUCGUGCUCGUGGCAUGUCAACAGAACACUCUCAUGGACAGUAAAGAGUACUAUAAGCCCAUCGUGACGCCGUACGAGCUCCAGCUUGCUCUCUCGCUUUCGGAGGAGUGGGAUGGUCAAUGCAAGACGGACUUUAGUGAGGUGAUUCCAGCUCUAGAUCAGACAGCCCAAAGCGUGGAACAGGCAGCAGUCGAUGGUGAGGAUGAAGCCGAUAAGCCGUUCUUCUCAUUGGUAUCUGGAACGUACAAAACUGCUUCUCACUCGACAGCAGUCGAUCGUGAAGCAACCACAUACGCUCUCACGGCGUCUGGUGAACCAGAUGCAUCGGGUGCAUUGCAGGUCAAAAAUGAGCGAACGGAGUUGACUACUUACCACAGUGAGGCAGCCGAUUAUUUUGCAACGAGAGAGUAUCAAGGCUUGGACCCGCGCAUUGGCAAGACUCCUGCACACGCCGCCGUAGAGGGCAGUACAGGUAUUGCACGGGGAUACACUCACGAAACAGAAUAG